AUGGUAGCUGCGAAUUCUUCAAGGGGCCCAAGCAAAGGGUAUCCACACAAUCUCAAGCCCGACAAGAUUGGUCCCGGUGUGAACAUAUUGGAAGCAUACACCGGAGACAUUGCGGACUACUACAUCGAUUCGGGGACUUCCAUCGCGUGCCUGAAGAUAGAUGAUGCUGGUCGAGCAUGCAUCUGUGAGCUUAGCCACUAUUUUUGGCUUCCACCGUCAUGCAUCGCUAAACUUUCAGAUCCACCGGGCGUUGCAGCUCUGGUAAAAGCCAUACAUCCAACGUGGAGCCCUGCGGCGAUAAAGUCUGCACUCAUGAAGUCUUCUUACACGGUUGAUAACGCAGGGCAGCCUAUUAGGGAUUCAUAUAUGGAACCAGCAAACCCCUUUGCAAUGGGUGCACGUCAUGUGGACCCAAAAGCUGCGGUAGAUCCUGGACUUGUCUACGAUAUGGCACCUCAAGACUACAUCAACUUACUCUGCUCUCUCAACUCCACCAAAGAAAAAAUUGCUCUCCUAACAAAAGAGAGAGGUUUCUGUCCCAAGGCCACUUUGGAAGCAGGAGAUCUCAACUAUCCCUCCUUCUCCGUGGUGUUUGAGUCAGGCAGUAAAUCGGUUCACGUGAAGAGGAGAAGAGUAACUUAUGUGAGUAGAAAAGAUCAUGCGGUUUAUCAAGUGACUGUGAAGAAUCCUCCUGGAGUCAAUAUCAGCGUGAAACCACGGAAAUUAGUUUUCAGAAAGCGGAACGACACUGCUAGCUAUAGUGUAACUUUCCGAAUCCAUUUAACUUCUAGUGAUAUGAAAAUGGGAUUUGGAGAGAUAGGAUGGAAGUGUAUCGAAGGUGGAACACAACUUGUUCGUAGCCCAAUUGCCAUAAUAUGGUGA